CAGAGGUAGUAUAUCAAUAAAACAUGACUACUCACGGAUGUGGUGCGAAUGAGGAAUCAAACAUUUCCCUCCAUUAAACUGAGCCUGAAUCUUUGGUUUGAAACCCAUUUUAAAGAAAAUUUGCAUCCAUAACCGAGGAUAAGAGGCAAUGGAUGGACCAGUAGAUGGCACCAAGCUCAUUCUGAGAUUCAAGCCAGAACUAAUGGAUGCUCUGAAGGAAGAUCCAGACUUAUUGAUACUGCAUUGCCAUUCUCUUGGCAUAUUGUCCAGUAAUGAGUAUAACAACAUCAAAGACAUUAACAUACGAUCAAGGCAGGUACGGGAUAUCCUGGAUUAUGUGAUUUGCGACAACAAACGUGCCCUGAGUUUUCUGAGGUUGCUGAGAAGACAAGACAUGCAAGAGACCUUUCCGAAUCUAAAAUUUCUUCAAACAUUGCAAAUCAACAAAAGAAAGACGCCAAAAACGACAGAGACCACAGCAAAGAGGAAGCUGGAGAUGCUGGAAAACGAGCAGUCAUGCAUAACCAACUCCAGGAUAGUGACAGAGAGGGAGAUGAUGAAGGUGGCCCGCUAUAUUGGGAAGAAUUGGAAGGAGGUGGGCAUUAUGGCACUGGAUAUGAGCACCACCACUCUUCAGCAGAUAGAGGAAGAUAACAAGCUGCACAUCGAGCGGGUUUUUGCCAUGCUGCGACGAUGGAGCAUCCGCGAGAGGGACAAGGCCACAGCAACCCGCCUCUAUUCACUUUUAACCCAGGAGGAGAACUGCGUUGACCCUCGUAAUAUCAGUAUCCUGCUGGAAAACAGCUGAGGCCCCUGAGAACAAUCAUUCAAGGAAUAUUCCGGGUUCAGUACAAGUUAAGCACAAUCAACAGCAUUUGUGGCAUAAUGUUGGAUUUAUUAUCAAAAAUUAUUUUGUCUCGUCCCUUGUUUUUUUUUUAAAACAAUCGAGGUUACAGUGAGGCAUUUACAAUGGAAUUGAAUGGGGCCAAUUUUGGGAGGGUUCAGCCUUGUAAGCUGACCUUCCGGCGAGCCUACCGAGAAAUAAUAAUUAUCAAAAUACAAUAGGUAUCGUUUUAAAUCUUAGAAGCUGCACUUUACAAUGCAUGUAGUCAUUAUGACCAAAACUGAUCAAGUGCUUUGAAAUUUGCAGAAAAAUCAGAAGUGUCCCAUUUUAAUAAUUUAUUAAUAAUUUUGCACUGUACGUAGUAUUGUAAUCGUUAAAACAUCAAACUGAUUAAAUAGCCAUAUGUCUAAUUUGAUUGGAAAGCUCUCAAAGAGUAGAAUUCAGAAAUAUAUCAAGUAAUCCCAAAGUACAUGGGUUUGACACAACAGGAGUUGCUUAUAUGCUGAAUUUUUGCUUAUAACUUCACGAAAUAUAAACAGAACAUAAAAUAUCACAUACUAUUACUUAGAGUAGAGGGUUACUGUUAAAACGAGCCCACACACAACAUAAUAGUUGCAUAGAUCAUUAGAUAAUCCACACAACGCACAAUGGGCACACAUCAUAUUAUGUGCUAUCUGGCUAAAAACACGUUAGCUUUCCUGAAUUAGAUAACUUAAUCGGAAAACUAUGUUGUACGUUGUCCAGCAUCAUAGAAUGAUAAACCAAAAGGACUCGGAUCGCUGCAACCAGAGGGUGAAGUCAACCAAAUAUGGGCAAAGAGGAUUGUUCACUCUAAUUACAUAUGGCCACCAGGAGAUGGCGCCAAGUAUAUGACACAGACUCAAUGAUUUCUCAAAUGAUACAGAAUGGAACUUAACCAGAUCUUGCUGCUCAUGCCAGCAUGAGAGAACUUACCCUUAGUGAUUGUUGUAUUUCUAAGUGUAAUUAGUUCUUAUGUACAAGUAUUAUGUUUUAAUUAUUUGAAGAGGCUUGUUAUUAUUUGAAGUUUUUUUUUUCAGUUUCUUAGGCUGAGAGUCUCAUAAUUUAUCAUAAUCUGUAUCAUUUAAAACUUUGAAACGUUUUCUUUUAACAUUAUACCAAAACUCUUUGUUUUUUGUUAUUUUUCUUGUAGAGUAAUAAGCCUUUAAACAAGUAAUCUUUAUUAACACCUUCAGAGCUUGAAGGAUUAAAGGCAGAAAUAUUACGAUUAUAAUUUUUUAAAACAUUUACAUUAAUUCUUCUGUUAAAACUUUGAGCUGUAAAUUUGUUUGCAGCGAAGUUGUAAAAUUGAAUAUAACUUGACACAGUUAUAAAGUAAAGUUAAUAGAAAAGUAGUAUUUUACUACACUAAAAUCAAUGAGUUUGUUGAUUUGGUUAAUUUUAAAACAGUGAGUAUUUUUAACAUGGAUUGGGCCCAUCUCUUCCAUUAUAAGUGCCUCACUCACCCGUAUAUUGUUGUUUUUUUUUUUUAGAAAAAUAAGGGAAAAAAAUCAACAUUGAUUUUUGUGUUAAUGGUCACAAAUGCUAUUGAUUGAGUUGUAUUGAACCAGGAAUAUUCUUUAAAUUUAAGUAGCACUUUGCAUGCACAGACAUGCAAGUAUUCCACUAGAGGAAGUUAUACCUUCUUUAUAAGUCAGUUAUAAUGAAGAAUGUUUACUAAUGUUACUGUUGUUUUUGUUUCUUUUAGUAAAGAGGAUGUAUAUGGUAGCUUGAAACAAAAGGGAAAUGCUCAAAUGCAACAAGCUAAAGUAUCAAGCGGGUAUUUCAAAUAUCUUUCAGGUUAUUCGAAAAUAUGCUUAAAUUUUAAUUUUGUAAUGCAAAAAUAUAUUUUUUUAAAGGGGCAGAACUGAAUUGACUGUAUGAAUAUGUGUGUAUUUUUUAUUUGUUUAGUUUCAAUGUUUUAUUCCUUUAUGGCAUUAUUACAUGAUUGUUUUUGUGUUAUGGUUUCAUGUGAGACCAACUGUCACAACAUAACAUUCCUACUUUUCAGAUCUGUUUGCACUGUGCAUAUGGUCUUGAUAUAUAAUGCUAUUUUAAAUAACUAUUCCAGGUGAGCUGAGCUCAUCUGUACCGCAGCAUUCCAAAUGACUAGCUGUUAUAUAUUCUACAAAGCAUUGCAUUUCCUUUUUUAAAUAAUCAAAUGUGAACGCUUUUAUCUAAGUCUUAAAACCUGAACUGAUUCCAUGAGCAGAUAAGUAAGGCUUAUGUUUAUGAGGGAAGUUUAAAAAGUUUCCAUUAGAGACCGCUAUCUGGCAACAUUAUGGUGACCUUUGCACUCUCUCGGCAAGUAUCACGUUGUUUCACCCUUAUGCAAUUUUCACCCUGGUGUUUCACCCGUGUUCACCCUUGUUUUGCCUGCCAAGCAGGUGAUAGGUUUGGAGGCGGAGCUUUGUACAAUUCCAUUGUACAUGCUAUUUGUUUAACAUCAUCUAGUCUUGCCAGUCUUAAUGGAUUGUUUAUUUUCUUUUUUGAAAUGUUUUGCUUUGGGAUUAUAAUACCUUUUUCAAUGUUAACAAUGUUGUCAUGCUUGAAUGUAUUGGAUUCAGUAUGUUGAAUUAAUUUCAUGUAACUUGAUUGCAAUGUUUGCUUUGCCAUUUAUUUAUUUUUUAGUACUUCUGAAUGUCAUUUUUGUUAUGUAUGUCAUUUUUGUUUUGUAAAUACUCGUUGAUCAUGCUACUGGUGAUGGGAUACUUUUUAAGUAAAAAGAAAUGUAAAUAAAUGAGGAUAAUU